CUCCGUCUCUCGCUCUCGGUUCUCUUACAACAAACUGAACAUCCCACGCUCUCUUCAUUGACUAGACUGGGUGCCAGCUUUGAAGCUAGACGCGAGAGACUACCAACCCAACCUAGCUCCAGGAACAGAUAACAAAAAAACCGAGAAAAAAAAAGCAAAAAGCGAAAUGAAGACCACCCUCACCCCUGUCGCCCGCGCGACCGCCGCCGCCGCCCGACUCGGUGGCAGCUACAGCUACAGCUACAGCGCCCGCACCACCCUCCUCCUCCGCGCCGCCGCGGCCCCUACCGCCCUUCGCGCCUCCUCCCCCGCCGCUUCCGGCCUCGGCCUCACCUUCCGCCGCCACAAAUCCGGUCCCUACGGGUACACGCAAGCCAAAGCGCUCGUCUUCUCGCGCUUCGGCGAGCCGGCCGACGUCCUGUCGGUCCACCAACACUCCAUCUCCCCGACUCUGCCCGACGGCUCCGUGCUCAUCCGCGCUUUGGCGGUUCCGGUCAACCCCGCGGACGUGAACACCAUCCAGGGGACUUACGGCGUGAAACCCAAAUUCAGUCCGCUGCUGGGGACCGCGGAGCCGAGUGUGAUUCCCGGCAACGAAGGGUGUUUUGAAGUAGUGAGUGUGGGGAACGGGGUGAAAGGGUUGAAGCCGGGGGAUUGGGUGAUCCCGGCUACCACUGGGUUCGGGACCUUGCGGACGCAUGCGCUGGUGGAGGAUGCGGAGAAGAAGUUGAUGAAGGUUGGAGGGGAAAGGGGGAAGGAAGGGCUGACGCCGCUGCAGGUGGCGACUGUUAGCGUCAAUCCGUGCUCGGCGUAUCGGAUGUUGAGGGAUUAUGUGGACUUGAUCAAGUUGAGUGUGGACGGGUUCGCGAAGGGUACCGCGUCGGGCGGGGCGUGGUUUUUGCAGAAUGGAGCGAAUAGUGGUGUGGGACGGGCGGCGAUUCAACUUGGUAAGCUUUGGGGGUUGAGGAGUAUUAAUGUUGUGAGAGAACGAAACACGCCGGAGGAGACGGAGGCGUUGAAGAAAGAGUUGAAGGAGUUGGGUGCUACGGUGGUGGUUACCGAGACGGAGUUUUUGGACAGGAGUUUCACGCAGAGGCUGAAGGACGAGUGGACGAAUGGUGGAAAGGAUCCGUUGAUGUUGGGCUUGAAUUGUGUGGGCGGGAAGAAUGCGGCGCAGAUUGUCAGGAGUCUGAGUCCCAAGGGUGUGAUGGUUACGUAUGGUGGGAUGAGCAGGCAGAGCUUCCCGUUCCCUACGGGACCGCAGAUCUUUAAAAGGUUGAGGUUUGAGGGGUUCUGGUUGAGUGCGUGGGGUGAGGAGAACCCGGAGGAGAAGAAGAGGAUGAUUAAUGAGAUUUUGGAGAUGAUGCGCGAGGGCAAGUUCAAGGCUGCGCCGGCGCAGGAGGUUGUUUGGAACUGGGAUACGGAGGAGAAGGUGUUGAAGGAUGCGGUGCAGGGUACUCUUGAGGGAUUCAGGAGUGGUAAGGGUGUCUUUGUCUUUGGUGAGACAUAGAGGAUGACGACGGGUGGUGUGUAUGAUCACGGUAUAUAGAGAUAGAUCUACGGGUGGACAUAUGAAUACUUCAU